AGUAAGUGCAAAAAAACAUCAAACUCAUUAUUUUCUCUUCAUAUUAAUUUUCUCAUUGAUAUUUCAUUUGUUAAAAAUGUCAAAUGAUGAUAAUAACAUGAACAACGAUGAGCAAGAAAUUGCUUAUCCUCAGAUAAAAGGAAAGACGAAACUACAUCGUUAUGAUUCCCUCGAUCUCGAAUCCGCUAAUGUUAAUGGCCACCAUGGUCAUGACUCCAAGGAUGUAAGUUGGGCAGUGGUAUUGUCGUUGGCUUUCCAAAGUAUAGGUGUGAUUUAUGGAGACAUCGGUACUUCGCCACUAUAUGUGUAUGCAAGCGCUUUCUCGGAUGGAAUUAAAAAUAGAGAUGAUAUAUUGGGAGUUCUUUCACUCAUUUACUAUACAAUUACUUUGCUACCCUUGAUCAAGUAUGUCUUCAUUGUCUUGAGGGCCAAUGACAAUGGAAAGGGUGGAACAUUUGCGUUAUAUUCCCUUCUAUGUCGAAAUGCAAAGGUGGGUUUACUCCCUAGUCAACAAGCAGAAGAUCAGGAUGUAUCAAACUAUCAGCUUCAGUUGCCCAGCAAUCAAUUAGGAUUACCAUUGAAGCUCAAAACCUUCUUAGAAAACAGCAUAAUUUCCAAAUACAUUCUUUUGCUUGUGACAAUGCUCUCAACUUCCUUGGUCAUAGGAGAUGGUGUUCUCACUCCCUCUAUAUCAGUAUUAUCUGCGGUUGGAGGGUUAAAAGAAGCUUCACCUGCUUUCACAGAAGGAAGGGUGAUCUGGAUAUCUGUUGGCAUUUUGAUUAUUCUUUUCUCUGCUCAAAGAUUUGGAACGGAUAAAGUAGGAUAUAGUUUUGCUCCUAUAGUCAGUAUUUGGUUUAUAAUGAAUGCUGGAAUUGGUGUUUUCAAUUUCAUUAAGUAUGAUCCUACGGUUAUUAAAGCUGUUAAUCCAUGGUACAUCAUUCAAUAUUUCGCAAGGAAUGGCAAAGAUGCUUGGGUUUCUCUCGGCGGUGUAGUCCUUUGUGUCACAGGGACUGAAGCAUUAUUUGCUGAUGUUGGACAUUUUUCUGUUCGGUCGAUCCAAUUAAGUAUGUCAUCUGUUGUAUACCCUUCCCUUAUGUUAACAUACUCGGGGCAAGCAUCUUUCCUUCGAUUGCAUCCGGAUAAAGUUGGUAAUGCAUUUUAUAACGCGAUACCAGGUCCAUUAUAUUGGCCCAUGUUUGCUGUAGCUGUUCUAGCAGCGAUCAUAGCUAGCCAAGCCAUGAUAUCCGGGACAUUUUCUAUCAUUCAACAGUCCCUUGCGUUAGGAUGCUUCCCCCGUGUCAAAAUCGUUCAUACAUCAGCAAAACUCGAAGGUCAAGUAUAUAUCCCAGAAAUUAACUAUAUCCUCAUGUUGGCUAGUGUACUUGUAACGAUUGCUUUCAGAACAACCGAAAAGAUUGGUCAUGCUUAUGGCAUUGCAGUGGUGUUUGCUGAGACAAUCACUUCGAGUUUCAUAGUUCUUGUAAUGCUUGUGAUUUGGAAGAAGCACAUAUUAUUGGUGAUAAUGUAUGUUUGUUGCAUUAUGUCCGUAGAGUUCGUUUACUUGAGCGCAGUACUAUACAAAUUCCCACAUGGCGGAUACUUUCCAAUAGCAUUUGCCGUCAUUCUACUGACUAUAAUGUUCAUUUGGAACUAUGUGUAUCGGAAGAGGUACUACUACGAGAUGGUGAAUAAGGUCUCCCCUGAUACUUUAAGGGAGAUUGUUAGUCGAAGCAACUUAUGUCGUAUUCCAGGGCUAGCAAUCUUCUACUCGGAACUUGUUCAUGGAAUACCUCCUAUUUUCAAGCAUUAUGUGGAGAACAUCCCUGCUUUGCAUUCAGUGCUAAUUUUUGCUUCUGUAAAGUCAUUGCCUAUAAGCAAAAUCCCUCCAGAGGAACGAUUUCUCUUUCGUAGAGUCCACCCUAGGGAGCUCAAUGUAUUCCGUUGUGUGGUAAGGUAUGGAUAUGCUGAAACUCGCAAUGAGGAGGAACCUUUUGAGAUGAUGCUAAUAGAGAAGCUAAAAGAGUUUAUUAGGGACGACUUUUGGGUUCAUGGGAACGAUGCUCAAACUCAAAUCAAGAAUCCUCAGAGUGACGAAGAGGAUACCAUCUUCCAUGGGGACGAUGAUGAGAAUGAAGAAUACACGUUAAGGGCUAAGGAGGACGCGUUAGGAAAUGAAAUCGAGGUAAUUGACCGAGCACGACUUUCUGGUGUUGUACACAUGAUGGGUGAAAGCGAAGUGAUGGCAAGUAAAGGGUCUAGUGUUGUAAAGAGGAUUGUCAUUGAUUUAGCAUUCAAUUUCUUAAGGAAGAAUUUGAGACAAAGUGAUGAGAUGUUCGACAUUCCUCGUAAGCAAUUGCUUAAAGUUGGUAUGGCAUAUGAGCUUUAAGCUAGAAAAGGUAAAAACUAGAUAUUAACCAUUUUCAUCUAAAAAUUUUACCCUUUAUGUAACAAGAUCAAAAGUUUAAGUAUUAGACAUCAUAAAAAUCGAUGUAAUGCAUUUGGUUCAACAAGGAAAAGCAAUUCAGCACAAGCAUUUUAUUGUCUUAA